AUGGAGGACCCCGCCGCGCAGGAGGUUGUCGUGACCCCGUGGACAGUGGAGGGUGACGUGAACUAUAACAAGCUCAUCAAAGAUUUUGGGUGCCAGGCGAUCGACGAAAAGCUGCUGGAGCGACUGGAGCGGCUGGCCGGGAAGAAACCUCAUCACUUUCUGCGCCGCGGCAUCUUCUUUUCUCACCGUGAUUUGAACCUAAUCCUCGAUGCGUACGAGAAGGGGCAGCCUUUCUACCUGUACACCGGCCGUGGUCCCAGCAGCGAGUCAAUGCACGUUGGCCAUCUGAUACCUUUCAUGUUCACCAAGUGGCUGCAGGACACCUUCCAUGUGCCGCUGGUGAUUCAGCUCACCGAUGACGAAAAGUUCUUCUUCAAGGACUUCACGAUGGAAGAAAUCGAUAAGAUGACUACGGAAAACUUGAAGGACAUCAUUGCCUUGGGCUUUGACCCGAAGCUGACGUUUAUCUUCAGGGACUUUGAGUACGUUGGACGGAUGUAUCGCAUUGUCGCUCGCAUCGAGAAGGCGUACACGGCUAGCCAGGUGCGGGGCUGCUUCGGCUUCAAGAUGGAGGACAACUGCGGUCGCUGGAUGUUCCCUGCCAUUCAGGCAGCACCCUCCUUCUCGGCGGCGUUUCCACACAUUUUUCCGGCGGAGAAGGGCAACGUCUUCUGCAUGAUUCCGCAGGCGAUCGACCAAGACCCAUACUUCCGCCUUACGCGUGAUGUGGCGCCGCGCAUGGGCUAUUUGAAGCCAGCCGUCAUCCACUCCAAGUUCUUCCCGGGUCUUAGUGGGUCGAAGGGCAAGAUGAGCUCAUCCACCGGCGCUGCCGUCUUUCUGACGGACACCCCAAAGAUGAUCAAAGACAAGAUCAACAGGCACGCCUUCAGCGGUGGUGGCGCAGAUAAGAAGGAGCAACUGCUUCUUGGUGGUAACACUAACGUCGACGUACCUGUGCAGUGGCUCCGCUUUUUCCUUGAGGAUGACGAGGAGUUGAAGCGCCUCCAGAAGGACUACAUGCUUGGCCGCAUCAUGACCGGUGAUGUGAAGAAAGUCCUCAUCCAACAACUUACCAACAUCGUGACGGCACACCAGGAAGCGCGGAAAAAGGUGACGGAGGCCGAUGUGGAGCUCUUCACUGCCGUCCGCGUGAUGGGACCGGCGAAGGAGGAGGCGGAGUCGAGGAGGUAA